UCCAAGAUGAUGACUAGUUCUGAUUCUAUUAAUUACAAAUAUUUGUAUUUACUGUUACUUAUUUCCCUAAAUGACUUUAAGCCAAUAAUCUGCAUUGAGCCUUUAACUAUUGGCGCAGCUGUCGGUGUCGGUGCCUUAGGCUAUGGCUUUUUAAAAGACCAAACAUAUUGCCGAUUCUAUGAGUGCUGCGAUGAUCGCAGCAUACCGGGCAAUAUGCUAAAGUUAAGUUCUUCACUGACUUAUACGCUCUUUGGUCAGCAUUUGGUAAAGGAUCAUGUUAUACCAGCGCUUGUAGCACAUCUUAGAGCCAACAAUCCGUCGCGCAAGCCGCUUGUUAUGAGCUUUCAUGGUACGCCGGGCACCGGCAAGAGUUUUGUUGCUGACCAAAUUGCACAAGCGCUCUACGUAGAGGGUCCCAAGAGCAAAUAUGUGCACAAGUAUCUGGGCCGAGCGGACUUCUCACAUCCAGGGCGCAUAAAUGAGUAUAAGGAGCGAAUUAAUACCGAAGUGCGUGAAAGCAUAAAAAAUUGUCCACGCUCAAUGUUUAUAUUCGAUGAGGUGGACAAAAUGCCCAUUGGUGUCUUCGAUACGCUUACUUCUCUAGUGGAUUAUGCGGCCAAUGCACGGGACACAGACUACACAAAAGCGAUUUUUAUAUUUCUGUCAAAUACUGCAGGCGUACAUAUCUCGGACCAUCUUGCCGCUUUGAUGAAAAAAGGCAAGCGACGCGAAGAAACGCGCCUCUCUGAUUUCGAGGAGAUGCUAAGGAAAGCUGCCUACAACUUGGAUGGUGGCCUAAAAAAGACAAACAUGAUUGAAGCGCACGUCAUCGACCAUUAUAUCCCAUUCCUAGCAUUGGAAAAGGCACACGUAGUGCAAUGUGCUGAGGUCGAAUUUGAGAAAUGGCGUAUUCACCCAUCGCAGGACAAGAUCAAUACGGUUGUCAGCAAUGCAGUAAACUUUGAUCCAGUGCAUGGUAUGUUUGCCAUAUCAGGUUGUAAGACGAUCGAGAAGAAAGUGGCAAUGCUCGCCAACGAACGGAAUUAAGCUACUUCUCAGGUCAUUUUAACAUGUUUAUAUAA